CACCUAUUUCGGAUUAUUAUUUUAGUCACAAACAUCAUGUAAAAAAAAUUGAGACAAAGAGAAAAUAAACUGGAUCUUCAUUUCAAUCAAUUGUCAACAUUUGAAGAUCUGGAUGUUGUUGAAAAUAUGUCUUUCAGCAAUAUAGCAUACGGCUGGAUCCAAUAAGAAUUUUAACUCGUCAGAAACGUGUGCGACGGGGGGACCAGAGAGGAGGACUCGGAACUUCAUACGGAGUAUUUUUUUAAAAAUGGGGCUAUUACGGUUGUUGUACAAGGUGAUGGUAAACUCUCUUGUUCUUAUGUUCAGUUUGGCGUUGAUCUCUGAGUUUGUGGGAGCUCAGAAUGACACGGAGCCUGUAGUCCUGGAGGGCAAAUGUCUUGUGGUUUGCGACUCUAAUCCGACUACGGAUUGGAAGGGCUCGUCCUCUCCUCUUGGUAUUUCGGUACGUGCUGCAAACUCCAAAGUCGCUUUUUCUGCGGUCCGGAGCAACAAUCACGAACCGUCGGAGAUGAGCAAUAAAACAAGAAUCAUAUACUUCGACCAAGUUCUUGUGAAUAUAGGCAACUAUUUCACAUUGGAGUCAGUGUUUUUGUCACCCAGAAAAGGGAUCUACAGUUUUAAUUUUCACGUUAUAAAAGUGUACCAGAGCCAGACUAUACAGGUGAACUUAAUGUUGAAUGGGAAACCUGUCAUCUCAGCUUUUGCGGGUGACAAAGACGUAACUCGAGAGGCAGCCACCAAUGGAGUUCUGCUCUUUUUGGAUAAAGAGGACAAGGUCUACCUUAAACUGGAGAAGGGGAAUCUAGUUGGCGGAUGGCAAUACUCUACGUUCUCUGGUUUCCUUGUUUUCUCUCUGUAAAAAGAUAGAAAACCUCACCAUUCAAAUGAAUUUAUCAACAAUGUGUUGUUACUGUAUAAUUAAAACAUUUCUACAUCAGUUGGAUCUAGCUAAAGGAUGGAUGAUAUUAUGUUCCGUGGUCAAGGAUUGCUACAGAGAGAAGAAAAGCGACAUUGGAAAGAGUCGAUGUUUGAUAGAAAUGGGAAUCCGUCUACAAAUGCAAUACUGCUCCAGAAAAUGCCAUAGUACAGCUCAUUGCUAUGCUCAUGUUUACUUGACAACUUCAACAGAGGAUCAACACUUCACAACAAUUCUUCCCUCAAACUUAACAGUCCCAGAAUAUGUUUAGCAUCUUUUAAAACGUUUACAUGACAGGCCUUUCUAAGUCACCAUGCCUCUUUUUAGGAUGUCUUUCCUAUAGGGGAAAUGGAUUUGUUUUUCUUGGCAAGUGUGGCAUGUGUGAUAUUACAAUGCCGAAUUCAGAGCAAAGUCUAUCUUCCAACUAUAAAAUGACCCCCUUCUUGCGUGUACAGUCACACACACUCUCUGUAGAAGUGAUAACUAGUGUCACACUUGUCUUCAUUUGGAGGGUGUCAUUCUAACACCAGGAUUAACUUGUGAUAUGAGUCUGACAAUGCAGGUGUUGAAUUAAUAAUUGAAUGCACCUUUAAAUAAGAGCAGGUAGAUUUUAAUCAGAUAAAUUGAACAGUCAAGGAUAAAACGCUCUGGGAAAGGAGACAUAACCAGAAAGUUAGAAAAUGUUUGAGUACACCAGACAAAUCCUGUCUCGUCUGAUGAAACAAAACGUUUGUGAUUGCAUAGGACUGCAUCAGAGAAGCAGGUCAUUGCAAAGAUCCACAGCACAAGUUUAUUUUGUCUGGCCAUUCUCAUAACAAGAAGAGAUCUGGCUAUUAAACAACUUUAUGUCAAAACAGAUGUUGUAGAUGCAAUAUUGUCAUUGAACUGAGAAGUUGUGGAGGCUCAAGUUCAUGCUCAAGAUUUGGACACUGCAGUAGGUCUGGCCUUUUGACGUCACCAUUGACCUCCCUCCCUGUCAUGUGUUGGUUAGCCUCAGUGAAGGCAUAUGUGAUACUUUGUUGAAGAGAUCACAAUUGUAUACUGUAUGUUAACAUUUGAUUUUAUGCACAAUAAUUUCUUGAUUCAUUUAAUAUUUACGCAUUGGUUUAUUCAUAAUAGUUUGUUUGAUUUAAAUGCUUAUUUGAAUUAACCGAUUUGGCAUUUACAGCCAAUGAUUUCAAUGUGCUAUGUCAUCAAUGGCUGCCACAUAGCCUGUAGCAUCUGCAACCCAUGUCAAAUUCCUUCUUACCAUUUGUUUACAGUGCAUUUUUGCAAUAUUCAUUUUUUUAAAUAAUUGGGAGAUUUGAAAGAUAAUUAUUCGAUCCAAUCUAUCAACAGAUGAAAUGUAAAGAAAAGGUGUGUGAAAUGUGAAUAAUGUAGAUAGUUCCAUAAGACUAGACAUUUUCCACACAAACUUAAUCUCACCCACCUUCUCUAACCUUUCCCCCUGAAAUACACGUGGGGAAAGUGUCCUGUUGGCCAUCUUGCAUUGAUAGAGUAGCUGUUGUGUUCACUCUUCAACUUAUGUAAUUGUAUGGUCAACAAAAACCUUUCCUGAGUAAAUAUAAUGGCACUACACUAUUUAUUGAUUUAUAUUAUCUAAACUCUGAAUGGUUUGAUUUUCUCAUAACAUAUUCCUGAGUUGACAAUUGCUUUCUGUCCAUAUACUGUAACUAUCAAGGUUGUGAGAAUAUAUGUUUUGUCUGUGAAUGUUAUGCCUCUGUGGAUCUCAAAAGUGUGUCAUUAGAGAAGUGAAUGGUUUGCCUAUUUCAGAAUUCCUCGGCUGGCAACUCAAGUCACUUUAAUGUUGGUGCGUGUACUGUAGGCCUACUGUGCGAUUGUUUUAGGCACAGCUCUCAAAUGAACAUGCUUUACUACUGGAUUCCUUUCUUUCAAGACAUGAAUGAUGUCUCCAACUCCCACCAAGAAACCACACCUUGGAGGGUAGCUAUACAGUAAAAGUGUAUCACAUUAACCAGAUAUGCGACAUCUCAUUUGUGAAAUAAAAA